CCCAGAAGCGAGGUCAGCUGACGUGACCAAAACAAGUUCUACAUAUUCCGGGACCUUACCGUUCAACCCAGAAAGCCUUUCUGGAUCGCAUUAGGACCACAAAGCUAAAGCGAAACCAGGAAAACAAACGGAAGUGCCAACGGUUUGAAACCAAACAUCCGCUUCUGUAAACGCGUGUGUUUGUAAUGAUAUCGCGUCCUUUCAGCCAGCAGAAGACUUUGAUAACACGCAAAAAAACACGGAUUUUUGUUUCAUGAAGUGAAAUGGUGUACUGUAGUACCGGGGCAGACGACGCUAACACAGAAGUAAAGUACCGUACAAGAUGUAACGUUGAUGUUACUGAGAUUCAGCCAGAAUGCACAUGGAGACCACCUCUGAACUCGGACAGGUAACCGGUUAAAUUCACCAUGGGGCUGGUGAACGUUGUGAUAUCCACUGUGGGGAGAUGCCUGGAUGUUGCCGGGUUACUGUUGGACCUGAACUUUCUGAUCGUACACACCGUGGUGAAGACUCUCCUGGCGAUCGUCGCCUUCAUCACCAACCUCCCCACCCUGAUCACUAACCUUCUGCUGCAGAUGGGGAACCUCCUCCUGCUGUCCACCAUGCACAUGGCAGAAACGACAUCAAGCCUGGCCCACGGGGCAGUCACCCUGUUGGGCAGCGCACUAUUGGCCCUGGAGGGGCUCCUGGAGAGUCUGAAGAUGGUGGGCUACCUGUCCAUGCACGUCCUGCUGCGGGGGAAGGAGCACCUGUGCAGGGGUUUGGUGUCAGUCUUGGAGGGCUGUGGCAUCGCUGUCAGCCUGGUGGUUUACUUCACAAACACGGUGGUGAACUUUGCCCUCAUCGCCACCCAGAACAUCUACUCGGCAGCUGUGGGUGUGUGGCAGACGGUGUCCAGUCCACUGCAGAAGGCGCUGGAGCUCACCCUGACCUUCUUCACCUUCCUGUACAGCAGCCUGGUCGGGACGUCGGCAUUUCUGUGGUCUCCUUGUAAAGUGCUUCUGGAUUUUAUUGCCUCCCUCGUCCACAUGUUCAUCUCCAUCUUCAUCCUGAACAUCUACGGCCUCCUGCUUACCAUCACCAUUGCUCUGAUGACCACUGCCUACUUGAACCCCAGACUGAGCCGACAAGCAGCUGUGCACAUUUUGGUGUACGUGAACUCCUUCCGUGCUCUGCGGAGACUUUAUGGGACUCUGUGGCUGCGCUUCACGGUCCUGUGGAGCACGCCACGUUCUCUACGCAGAAACAUGCAGCACCUACAGAGGAGGUUUCGACAUCUCUACCUGCGGGAGAGGAUGUUUUGGCAGCAGCUGUCUGUUCUGCGCCUGGUGAUGCGGACAUUGCUCCAAAUCGACAAUUCCAACAGAGGGAGAGGAGACGGCGACACCGGGGAGGAGCAGCGGGACCCACCAGAUGGAAGAGCGGGAGACGGAGCCCACCAGGAACUGCAGGAUUUGCCUUCAUCGAGUUCCGAUGGAUCACUAAGGACAUCGUCAUCUUCAUCUUUAGGCAAAGACGGCAAACUUCUGCCUGCCGAAAGUCUGCUUACUCUGUUAAAAGAGCAGGAGGAGAGAAAAAAGUGUGUUAUUUGUCAGGACUGCACCAAGACAGUGGUGCUGCUGCCGUGCAGACACCUCUGCUUGUGUAGGGACUGCACCAACAUCCUUCUGAGGCAGCCCAUUUACCAGCAGAACUGUCCUCUGUGCCGUCAGAUGAUCCUCAACACCAUGGACGUUUAUCUCUGAGGGGGAGAAAAGGGAAUCCAUGCAGCAACGAGCCCCAACCGCCUUAAAGUAUUCACGACCAUACAGAGCAGUUUAAAUUUUUCUUUUUCCUUGAAGACCAACAAUAACACCACUUUUGCAAGUUUUGUGGUUUUCUUCAGUCACUGAAGUUAUAAAUAAGCUUUAUUUUUAAAGAUACCCCACAAAGUUUUUGAACAAAACUUAAUAAAACACAUGUUCAUUGUAAGUUUUGCUUCGGUUGAGGUUUGUGCAAGAUUUUCAAAUUUUCCCCAAAAUAUUUCAUAAACUAUAUACUACAAAAACUGUAUAUGUUGUCUUUAUAUAUGCUUCUCUUUACAUAGGAUUGUGUAUGAAGUUCUCACACUAAUUCAAUAGUUCUUUCAGGCUCUUCUUCCAAAACUACAACUGCUUUGCUUCACCAUCAAGGAGAGGCUUUUUUUUUUUUUUACCCUACUGUGGGAUAAGUGCUUUCAAUCUGAUGAACUUUUUCAUUUUACUUCAACUAAAGUGCUAUAAAUAUGACAUUUUACAUAUGAUCUACUACAUGCACAAGCAAUCAAAGGUCUGUAAAAGGGUUGAGAUGCAGCUCCAUCUUCUGAUUUGCUCACUAAAUUACAACAAGCAAAAUAAAAUUAAGCUGCCUAGAGUUUUUUGUAUGUGCAUUAAAACAGCUUGGCAUUGUGGGAAAUAGGGGAUAUAUGCUGACUGGCUAUUAUACCUAUGGGAAUUUCAUGCAAUCAAUAUUACCAACACAUCACUGAAUAUUUGUUUUUCUCAUUUUUUUUGUUACCAAGACCUCUUUUUAGUAAAAUCUUUCACUCUUGCAUCGCUGUGUCUCAGGUGUUUGUAGGAAUUGUAUUCAGUUGAAGUUAAAAACUGUUUAUAACUGUUUAUGUUUUAAAAUGUCAGGCUAUCGACGUGCCAAGCUGUGAGAAACUGCUUUACUGUGUACGGCCUGCAACUGCAGCCUUCGACAUUUUUAUUUGUGUUGCAUUUUUCUACCGUCUGUUUAUCCUCAGACUUUAUUCCCUGUUGUUCUAUCUAUUGUUGGGGCUUUUCCCCAGUCUUCCUUUUGAGGUGUAUUAUUGCAGUCACCAAAUAAUCCAUAAAUGGUUUCUGCUUUCUCCUAAUAAUGUGAUAAAGCAGAUUUGUGAUGUUUAAAAAAAAAAAAAAAAAGGACCGUAAACCAAUAAGG